AUGGAGUUUACUUACAAUAACAACUACCACGCUGGCAUUAAGAUGGCACCUUACGAAGCGUUGUACGGAAGGAGAUGCAGAACCCCUUUGUGUUGGUUUCAAGACGGGGAACAUUUGAUAGUUGGGCCAGAGUUAGUUCGACAGACGUCAGGGAAGGUGAAACAUAUCAGAGACAAGAUGAAGACGUCCCAAGGUAGACAAAAGAGCUACGCGGACAACCGACGAAGGGAAUUGGAGUUUGCACCCGGGGACCAUGUGUUCCUUCGUGUCACCUCAACUACCAGAGUAGGAAGGGCGAUCAAGUCGAAGAAGCUUACACCGAAGUUUAUUGGGCCUCAUCAGAUCAUUGACAUGAUUGGGCCGGUGGCUUAUCGCAUUGCUUUACCGCCUUCCUUGUCCAAAAUUCAUGAUGUACUGCAUGUGUCUCAAUUACAGAAGUACAUUCCAGAUCCCUCACAUAUUAUCACCAGUGAUGAAAUCGAGUUAAAGGAUAAUUUAACUUUUGAGGUUUCACCUAAGAGGAUUGCGGAUAGAAGCAUCAGGCAGUUGAGGAACAAUCAAGUAUCGUUGGUAAAGGUGAUUUGGAAUCAGACCACGAGAGACGCCACGUGGGAGCUAGAGGAUAAGAUGAGGGAUCAGUACCCUGAAUUGUUUUUGGACCCUUAG